AUGAAUUAUGAAUCACUAGAAGAGUCAAGAGAUGCUUCAACUUAUAUAUCAUUUGUUAAUUUAUUAACUUCAGCUAAUAACGAUGUAAAUAGUGUAAUUGAAUUUAUACAACUGGUCAAAUCAUUUAUCAAUAUUGAUUCAAAAUAUUGUACAACCAAUAAUUUUAUCAAUGCAUUAUUAAUCUUCACAUAUCCUGGAAUUAUUCCAUAUGAAUCAAUACCUAUUAUAUUAGAGAUACUACUCGACGAGGGUACGGUGGAUAACUCGGAGAUCAAUGAUACAGAUGAAUUCAUAAUUACAAAUGAAACUUCAUUGCUAAAUACAGCUAGAGAUUUACAACAAGAAACAACAUUUAAUGCACAAUCAUUGGGUUUCAAUAUUGAUUCAACUAAGUCAGUAGAUGAAAUAAUACAAAAAUUCAUACAAUCAAAAACUUUACAUUUAAGUAAUUUUCACAACGACAUUAAUGAAAUUAGUGGAUUGUUUCAAAAUAGUCAAAUACCGUCAUUGCAAGUGUGGUAUGAAAGAAUUGUUAAACCUUAUGGAUAUUAUUGGUCAAACUAUGGAAACGUAUACCCAGAUGAAGCAAUAUUGUUUAACAAAUACUUAUUGUUGAACUCAUUACAAGAGAAAUUCGAUACAUUUAUCAACCCUAUAAACAGAAAUCACAUACAAACUAUAGACUCGUGGAUGAGAAACACAAUACUACCAAUAAUUAUAUAUUAUAAUGAAGAUAUAGAACCUUUACAAAAUUGGAUGUUUCAUCAAUCUCAUCAUGGUUCAAUUUUAAGAAAAUAUGGAAUUUGGAAUAUUUGUAUCAAAUUAUUAUUAGAGAGAAUUGAUAAAUCAAAAUUACAAACCUUGAUUCUGGAUUAUUUAGCUUCUUGUUAUUUUUAUGCUUUUGUUGAUGAUACAAAUAUAUCAUCUAUGGAAUUAACUAAGACUUACGAUACUAUACUAGACACACUUAAAGCAAUUGGUAUAGAGAACUCAUCACCAACUCCACAAAUUCAAAUUGAAGAUUUUUCAAAUUUUGAAAGUUUUGAUGAUUUUGCAUCUAACAAAAAUCCACUUUCACCUUUAUUUCACCCAAAACAAGUUCAUUACUUAUAUGAUGCAUUACUAACUUGUCAGAGAUUAUAUCCUAUUAAUAAAUUAACAUUAAAUAAGUUUUUACAUUAUAAAUUUGCAUUAGAUGAUACUGAUUUACAAAGAGAAGUAACUAAAAUAACUUCGAAUAUCACAUCAUCGAAUUGGGAACAACUACUCAACCUGGUAGAAUUGUUCAAAACCGAGUUCAUACCCACCACCAAAACUUCCUUAGUUGAUGGAUUAUUACUUGAGAGACUUUAUAUGGCAAAUUUAUUUGAGUCAGUAAAUGAAUUAUAUGAUGAUAGGAAGAUCAAGUUAUCCACGAAAGAAAUCUAUGAAAUCACAUUAGAAAAAUUUUGGGAUUCAAUUGAUCAAUCAACUAAUAUAAAUGACAAGAUUGGCAAUUUACAUAAUGCAAAAUUAUGUAUUGAUAUAUUUGACAAAUUGAUACUAGAAAAAGAUUUGGAUCAUGAAACUCGUGAAGAAAUUAUUAGAUUUAAACACCUUUUCAAAGCUAUUCAUUCAUUAAAAAAUUUCAAAAUCGUGGUUGAAAAAAAUAAAUCAUUUACUCCAAAACAAUUAUUACAAUAUUCUGGUAAUAUAGAUGAUGAAAAAAAUUGUAUUAAAUUAAUUAACAUAAUUUUAGAGCAAAACCCCAAAUCAUAUUUAGCAUUUGAAAAAUUAUUUAGAAUAUUUAAUGAUUUAUUACUAUAUUUCAACAAUCAUGAUAAAAUUGAAAAGAAUGAUACUAACUACUACUUUAAUAAACUAAAGACGGCAUGCAUUGAAAGUUCUUUGGUAGAUAAUAAUUUCCAAUACGCAUAUAAUCAGAGUAUAGAAUUAUUUGAACACUUCAGCAAAUCAAAUAAACAAAACAUUGAGAAUUUUUGGUUAACAUUUUAUCAAGUUGGUAAGUUUGUAUCACCAGAUUGGUUUGAAUCAGAUGAUGAAAUUGAACAUUUAGAAAUCUUGAUCAAGCAAAGAGAAAUUUUAUCAUUAACAAUAUCUGAAUUAAAUUGUGGUGAUAAUAUUAAGAUUAUAUUAGAUCAAUGGUCCACUAUCAAUCAACAGAUAGAGAAUCAAGAUUUCAAACACAAACUAGAACAAAUUAAGUCUUUAAAUCAAAAUGAAAAUAAUAACUCUGUUGGAUUUAAUUUACAACAACCAAUGAACAAAUUGGCAAAAGAAAUUAUUAAUGAUGCUACUAAUACUACAAAUAAUGCUGGUGAAAAGAUUUCCAAUUUAUUUGUAUCUGGUUUAGGCUGGGCUAUAGGGGCCAAAAAGUAA